AUGAACAAGAUCUCAAAUACACACAGUAAAGUUAGGGAUGUUUUAUGGGGUGCACCACCAUCAGAUCCAAAAGAAAGAAGAUAUUUAUUCAAAUUAGAUGUAUUUGUACUAACAUAUGUUUGUUUGUUGUAUUUUUGUAAUUUUUUAGAUAGACAAGCAUAUUCAUCAUCAUACUUGUCGGGAAUGGCAGAAGAUUUGAAAAUGGUUAAAAAUGAUUUUAAUGUUGGUAAUACUAUUUUUUAUGUCGGGUUUGUCAUAUCUAUGGUACCUCAUAAUUUAAUGAUGCUUAAAGUCAGGCCAAGAUAUUGGUUAACUUUUUGUGCUGGGACUUGGUCAAUCUUAACAUUAAUUAAUUUUAGAUUAAAUCAUUUUUAUCAACUUUGUAUAUUGAGGUUUUUUCAAGGUGUUUUUGAAAGUUGUAUAUUUGGUGGUGUUCAUUUAAUGUUGGGGUCAUAUUAUCCAAAUUCGAAAGAUUUAGUGAUUAGAACUUUUGUAUUUACUGCUAGUGGAUUAGUAGGUCAAUUAUUUUCGGGUGUGAUUCAAGCUGCUGUUCAUUCAAACUUAGAUGGGUUACAUGGAUUAGCUGGUUGGAGAUGGUUAUACAUUAUGGAUUUUGUUAUUAGUUUCCCCAUUGUCAUAUAUGGAUUUAUUUUCUUUCCAGAUUCACCUGAUAUUGCAAAACCGUUUUAUUUUACAGAAGAAGAACAUCAAAUGGCUUUGAAAAAUUUGAAAAAACCUAAGAAUGAUAAAUUUGAUAAACAAUUAUUAAAAAGAGUGUUUGGAAAAUGGCAUUGGUACCUUUUCAGUAUGCUAUGGAUAACAGGUGCUUCAAAUGAAGCAUUUGCUGCUAAUAGUAUCUUAGGACUUUGGUUGAAAUAUAAUAAUUAUUCAAUUAGUGAUAGAAAUCAUAUCCCUAUGGGUGUAUUUGCAGUUGGUGUUGUAGCUACGGGUUUAGCUGCAUACUAUUUGAAAUUAGUAGGUAAUGGUAAAAAUCAUUGGCAUAUGAAUCUUGCUGUUGCUUUAAUAAUGAUUAUAUCACCAGUGUUACAAUUAUGUAAACCAUACAAUACGAGUUUUGUAUUUGCAGCACAAUUUUUAGGUGGAGUUUCUUAUGCAGCACAAACCGUUUCAUUCAGUUAUGCAAAUAUAGUAUGUUCAGAUGAUCUACAAGAACGAGCAAUAGUUAUAAGCUCCAUGAAUAUGUUAGGAAAUUCAAUGAACGCAUGGUGGUCUAUAAUAUUUUUUGGUGCUGAUACUGCUCCAAAAUUUAAAAAUGGAUCUAUUGCAUUGUUGAGUACUGCUAUUGCUACUAUAUUUGUUGUUUUAGCUAUUGCCUAUUUACAAAAGAGAGAUGAUGAUAGAAUUGCUGGACUUGUUGAACAAGUUGAUAUUGAAGAUGUUAUAGUUGGACUUGAAAAAGGUGUACAGAAUAUUGAUACAAAGGAGAAAUACUAA